UUUAUUGGUAAACGUGGUUUGAUUAAUAUCAAACCCCGGACACCACAACGUGAACGUGCUGACACCAUGGGCGAAGGGGAUUCGCAUAAUUUUUCCAUUUCGCUAUUGCCCGGAGAGUUACAGAGAAUGCUGGACAAUUCUCAAAUGAAUAACAGUGGUCUAUUUAGUUCAUCAUUUCAUGGAGGAGCGGGUGAUACAACCAGCCUUUGUGAUCGCUCAGUUAUUGAGCAAAUGGAUGUGUUCAAGGAAAAGGCCGAUACAUUGUUUCCACAAUUUUUGGAAGUAUUGCAGGCACGAACUAAUGAUUCCGAAGUGUUUGAUACCAUCAAAGAUCUGAUACACACUUGUUCCGCCAUACUGGAGGAAUGUUUGAAAGAUGUCCAAAGGAGUGGUGACAACCGUACAAAAUCCAAAGUGGAAUGGUUGGAUUUGGAAUGUAAAACAUGGAAACUUCUAUAUGCCCUGUAUCAAGAUCGUAUUCUAUUGCAAUCUACGGAUCAAGGAAUGGAUGAAAUGCCUACAAUGGGUGGAUCGGAGAAGGAAGUCAUUUCACAAUUAUACAAUUGUAAUUCCACCCUGAGAGAAUAUCAGCUAAUUAUUGAUUGGUUGGAGGCAUGUUAUGAAAAGAAAAUGACUGGACCCCAGAUAGGGCAUACAACUGAUCGUACUGUGGCCUGGGAAAACACACUGUUUCAGUUGAAAAAACAACAGCAGAUUGCUUUUAGUUCGGGUGGGGAAAUUGUCAAAUCUCUAGAUCCUGAUGCACCCAUAAGGGAAAAGAAACCUCUGCACACUUUGGAUGAGGAGGAUAAUAUGCGUCUGUCGCGUUGCAUAUUCGAAGAAAUCCGCCAAGGGCGCAUUGAUGAGGCUAUGGCAUUGUGUAAGUACUGUGGACAAACAUGGCGUGCAGCUAUUUUGGAGGGUUGGCGUCUCCAUGAAGAUCCCAAUUAUGAACCCAUGCAUGGUAACUCCAAGGAAAAGGUACCCAUUGAAGGUAAUCCGCGAAGGGAUAUAUGGAAGAAGUAUGCCUGGAUGAUGGCUGACUCAAAGAAAUUUGAUGAAUACACCCGGGCAAUUGCUGGAACCUUCUGCGGCCACUUGGAAUCUUUGAAAUCAUUGUUAAUUAAUUCCUGGGAAGAUCUCCUAUGGGCAUAUCUCAAAGUCCAGGUUGAUAUACGUGUGGAAAGUGAAAUAAGAGCCAACUGUCCUAAACCCUAUCACCCAAUGCCCGAAGAAUAUUGGAAUGCCAAAAUGUCCAUGGAACAAAUAUUCGAUGAACUUUUGGUACACAAUGAUGCCGCUGUCCGGGAUUAUGCUCAAAGUAAAGUUGGCAUUAUUCAAAAAUAUUUGAUACUUGAUAAUGUCACGGAGUUACUGCAACAAAUACGUCGUUGGAUUGAGGAGGAUCAGCUAUUGGAUAGCAAAGAUCCUUCGGUAUCAUCACAUAUGUUAAGAUUUUUAACCCAUAUUGUGUUGUUUAUGCGACAAAUCGGAAGGGUGGAUAAAGAGGAAACGGCAGAUCGCAUAAUUGCCGCCUAUGUUGAAUGUUUAAUACAGAUGAAAGAUGCCCAAUUGGUUGCAUUUUACACGGCCGCCCUACCGAGUAAUAUGCAGGUGUCAUUGUAUUCCAAAUUUUUAGAAACCUUACAUGACACCCCAGCUCGUCAAGCUGCCCUGGAAGAGGCUAUGCAGGCCCAUCUUGAUGUUGAAAACAUUACCCGCCACACAGUGGAAACUAUACGUCAAAAGGAACCCCUCGAAACUGAUCUACAACAAAUGCAGGAGGAACCUUUGCAGCAUGGUGACAUUUCAGCAUUUGAUCAACAUAAAAUUAAGGCCUUGGAAUGGUUAACCUUCUUACCCACACAGCGUGGUGAAUUGCUGUGGCAGGGAAAUGCUAUGAUUCGCUCCUUUUUGGCUGAAAAUAAAAUGGAAUGUGUUCGGGCGGUAUAUGAUAUGAUACCACAAGAUUCGCUUAGUCAUAUUUUGAAUAUCUAUGGAAGUAAAGAUAAUUUCCCCUGCCGUGAAGAUUGUAGCAUUAAAGAGUAUCUCAGCUAUAAAGUAUAUUUGGCCGCGAUUGAUUCUUUUAAUGAAUGGUCGCGUUUAUAUCACAAUCGUCCCAAGGAACCCCAAUUGGUUACAGCUGGAGCGAACUUCACAGAACGCAUGGCUUCGGAACACAAGGAGCAGGUUUAUCGCGGUGAAUUGAAUCGUUGGAAAGUGUCGCUGGAGGAACAGGCUAGAGUCUGUCGUGAUUCCCUUUUCAAUGUCUUGCUGUUCCCCGAAAAAGGUUGGCUUAUUGAUCCCGACACACCCAAAGAUCCCACAAAUAUUAGUCACAUCACCUGGGAAAAUCGUCAAAUACAAUUGGAUAAAAUUCGUAGUAUUUGUAUACCGGAAAUAACGCUGUUACUGCAUAAAGUUCUACAUUUAUCCGAGGAUUAUCAAGGAUGUGUUAAAUUGGCCGAUGAAAUUGCCUCCGAAAAUCGUCAGCUAUAUAAAGUAUAUACCAAACAUAAGUUGGCUGAAUUAUUAUCCAAAUUGGCAGAAUCUUCAUUGGAAUUGUUAAAUCGGAAAUUGGAUCCAUGGGGUUAUCCUGUAACAGUAUAA